GCCCCUUCUACCGUCUCCAAGGCAAGAUGGCGGAGGCGGCGCCCUUCCCGCCAUGCCCCGCGCGGCGGGCGGGGUAGGCGGGCGCUCCCCUUAGUGGAUCGUGCCCGCAAAAUGGCGGCACCGGCGGGAAGUAUGAGUGGGGACUGAGGGGAGGCUGUGCUGCGCCGCCGGAGCCCGGCCGCUAUGGACGCCUCGGGCUGCAUGAAGUCCCUGCUCCUGGCCGCCGCGCAGUACCGGGCCGCCAAGACGCCGCCCAACGCGGCGCUCCUACAGCGCAGUCUGGAGGUUAUCUCUGGACUGAAGCUUACGAGAUUAUUUGCCUCAAACCAGAUUCUGCCAAGUGAAUGUCUUAUUUGCCUAGUAGAACUCCUUGAGGAUGCUAAUACAAAGCCUUCUCUAACCUUGUCUGUGGUUACUUUGCUAUCACAGCUAGCUUUAGACAAUGAGACUAGAGAAGCUCUUCAGGAUACCUACAAUCUAACCAGUGUGCUGGCAGGGGUGGUUCGUCGAAGUUCUACCAAUCUUAGCGAUCCAGUCUUAUUACAGAGUAUUCAGCUGUUGCAGAGGCUAACCUACAACGUUCGAGUUUUUCAUGCUGGUGCCAACAUCGAUGAAUUAAUUUCAUUUCUAAUGCAUCAUGUCCAAUCCCCUGAAGAUGAGUUAACGAUACCAUGUUUAGGGCUCCUGGCAAACCUCUGUCGUCACAACUUAUCUGUUCAAACUCAGAUAAAGUCUUUGAAUAAUGUGAAGAAUUUCUAUCGUACCUUGAUAAGUUUCCUGGCCCAUAGUAGUUUGACUAUGGUUGUGUUUGCACUUUCAGUUUUAUCAAGCCUUACUUUAAAUGAAGAAGUAGGAGAAAAACUCUUUCAUGCUCGAAAUAUCCAUCAGACUUUUCAGCUAAUAUUCAAUAUUGUUGUAAAUGGAGAUGGUACGCUAACAAGAAAAUACUCUGUUGAUCUACUUGUGGAUCUUCUGAAGAACCCCAAAAUUGCAGAUUAUCUUACCAGAUAUGAGCACUUCACCUCAUGCCUUGGGCAAGUAUUAGAUCUCCUUCAUGGAAGGGAUCCUGAUUCAUCAUCUAAGGUCUUAGAACUGCUACUUGCCUUCUGUUCUGUGAUGAAACUGCGUCAUACUUUGCGGCAGGCAAUACUGGAACCCUCUGGCUUGCCAGUCUCCGGAAAUACCAGAUUUGUGGCUCACUCAAAGACUUUUGAACCAUCUGUUGCAUUGGUGCACUUGUCAAACCAACCAUUGGAAGGCUCUGAAGACUGUGCAGUUCUAGCUUUGCAGCUGUUCAAGGAGAUUUUUGAGGAUGUUAUUAAUAGUGGCAACAGUGCAUCAGCAGAACACUUUGUGGAUCUUUUGCUGCCUGUUCUCCUUGAUCAUCUUCAGAUGCCAGAACAGAUUGUGGAUGAGCUAUUAGUGAAGAAAAAGUGUGAAAGAAUGGUCAAGGCUAUUAGCGUUCUGACAAUGCUGUGUGGAGAUGACGUACUGAAAAUGCAUGCCUCAAAGGAGCUGAGUGCCAGCCGAUGCACAUCUCUAAUAGAACACCAGUUUAUCUAUAGUGGUGUUGAUACUGGUUUUGGGACAAAAGUAGUGAACUCUGAGCUGUGCAAGCUUGCUGCUGAUGUUAUUUUGAAAACACUUGAUCUUAUGAGCAGACUUAAGCAGGAGGUACCUAGUAUGGAAGUCAGCUUCUACAAAAUUUUACAGGAUCAGCGCUUGAUAUCCCCUCUGACGUUUGCUUUAACAUCAGACCAUAGAGACCAAGUGCAAGCUGGACUCCGAAUACUGUUUGAGGCAGCACCCUUACCAGAUUUUCCUGCCAUAGUGCUUGGUGAGAGCAUUGCAGCAAAUAAUGCUUACAAGCAACAUGAAACAGAGCACAUGUCAAAAAGAAUGCAGUCGCCCAUGACCAGUGUUACUUCAGUGAGAUAUUCUUCAUCCUAUUCUUCAUGUGAUGAUUCUGCAACUUCAAAUAUUCAGGAAUUAAUACAGAAACUCCAUUCUGGGCUAGAGAUGAAAGAGCCAAUCGCUGAUAUGAGGAUAUCUGACAUAAUGGAUGUUUAUGAGCAGAAGCUGUCAGCAUUAGCAUCCAAAGAAACCAGGCUGCAAGACCUUUUGGAGGCAAAGGCGCUGGCACUGGCUCAGGCUGAUAGGCUGAUGGCUCAGUAUCGAUGUCAGAGAGCCCAAGCUGAGUCCGAGGCAAGAACUCUUGCUGCAAUGCUGAAGGAUGCAGAACGAAAAAAUGAAGAACUUAAUGUUUUGCUGAAAGCUCAGCAGGUAGAAUCUGAAAGGGCACAAAAUGAUAUUGAACAGCUCUUUCAACACAACAGAAAACUACAAACAGUUGCUGAAGAGCAUGAAGUACUGAAAAAAUCCUCUAUUGAUCUUCUUCAGAGGCAUGAAACAACUGAAAGACAAUAUAAAGAUCUACAGAUUACAUGCAAUUCACUAAACAAACAAGUGGAAGCAAUGAAAAAACUAAAUGAAUCGCUCAAGCAGCAGAAUGACAAGACUGCUGCACAGUUGAAAGAAACUGAAGAUAACAGAAAAGAAUUACUACAACAGCUACAGGAUAGAGAUGGCAAAAUAGCAAGCUUUCAACAAAAAAUAAAAGUUCUGGAAGAAAAACUGAAAGUUCAGCAGAAAGAAAAAACAGAUAUGGAAGAAACUAUAGAUGUUCUUAGAAAGGAAUUAAGUAAAACAGAACAAGCAAGGAAAGAACUGAGUAUCAAGGCAUCUUCUCUGGAAGUUCAAAAGUCCCAGUUGGAGGUACGUUUGGAAGAAAAAGAAGCUGUUGUAAAAUUACAGCAAGAAGAACUGCACAAACACUCCCAUAUGAUAGCAAUGAUUCACAGUUUAAGUGGUGGCAAAUUAAGUGCAGAAACAGUGAACCUCAGUUUGUAGGGCUCUGUAGUUAAGGUUUUAGUAUUUUAUACAGAUGUACAAAUGUAUGUAAAGAUUUUUAAACUUGAAGUUAGCAUAUUAUCUGGCUAAAAAGACCCAUAUCAUCUAAUAUUAAAUAGCUUGACUGUCAGUUGAGAAGAAAAAUUAGUAUUUUGGAAGCUUUGAUUUGAAAAAUCUGAGCUAUUGUAUAGCAAAUAGGUCUUCUGAUAGUUUUCUAGAACUACCAUCAUCUGUAUCGGGAGCUGGAUUCAGCUGUUUUUUUGUGACUACCAUUCCUAACCCUGCAAAGGGACAACAAGAGUCACUGACUUUUUUUUUUUCUCUGUAUAUUGUUAUUGGCAGUCAGACAUGUGGUGUGCUUCAUUAUAGAAAGGUUAAGCAUUUUGAUAAUUUCAUCUUGUUAAUUUUGACUCUUCUGAGUACCAUGUAUUACUUGUGCAGUGUUGCUUCCUGAUGUCUAAGAUACAAACAUAGAAAGGAAAUAGGUCAUACCAAUUAGAACAUGUUACAUUGAAAGCUAUAUUUCAAUUUAUUGGUGCAUGUUUCAUGUAGGAAAUAUAUGGAGGUGUUUCUAAUUAUGAGCUGAUAGGAAUUUGAGCAAGUAGAAUAGAAACUUGAAUGAUUAUCAGAAAGUACUAUCAAUUCAAAUCAACUAUGGAAAAUAUGCUGAGAUAUGAAAUAUAUGAAUCUACAAAUAUUUGUUAGAAUACUAUAUAAUACUUUUCUAGUUCUACAAUACUUUUUCUCAUUCUUUAAAAGGAUCUGCACUUUGUUUUGAGUGUCCUCUCUGGUACACGCUAGCUAUUGUCAGCGUUGUCCAUUUCUGCUGUACGCAAAUAGGAUUUCAUAUACUGUUUGUAGUAUAACUAUGAAGAUGACCUUUUUUUAAAAAAAAGUGUACUUUUCAUAGGAAAGACUAGUACUAGAACUUGUGAUUGUGCAUUUUUGAGUGGAAAAACAUUUUCAUGUUUGUAGCUUAAAUGCGACAUGACUAACAUGUCUUUUAGCAGUUGGCAAAAUUCUUACUGUGAUGGCUGUAUUUUUGUAAAACUACCAAAGUUCUGGGUGAUUAAUAUAUAUCCUUAUCUGUAGCAUUACUGCCUUUAUUUGUAUCUAACUUGCAAUGGCUAGAUUUUAAUACAUCUGAGAUGCCUUAUGUUUUUCAGUUGUGUAAUGGAUGUGUCUUACUGAAUCUGCUCAACUCACGUCUGAGUAGAGCCUUGUACAUGCAAUUGCACAACACCAGAUGAAUUGCAUCUAUUUUAACCUGUUUCUGAAAUACAUUUCUUAUGACUUAACCACAGGCAAGAUUAUAGACAUCGUUUUGGUCUCUGUGAAGACUGUAGGAAUAAAAGAUUGCUCUAUUUUCUGUGUAAUAUGUAUUCUGUUAAGUGAAGUAAGUUACAGGGAUAACUGCCAGCUCAGUGUAGAAUACAUGCAGUUUGGCUAUGUUUUUGCAUAAAAACAAGUUAUUGCUUAGCAAGGUAUUAAAAAAAAAAAAAAAGUUAAUGGAAUUGCUGAGGUAAGGAUUUUUUUUGUUAGACUUUCUCAAACUCAAAUAGGAAAGCAGGUUUCAUUUGCCAUGUUUACUUCAGUUUAAUGGGUUAAUAAGUUUGAGUGUCAAAGUAAAUUUGAAGAUGUGGAUUCAUUUCUCCUUAAGUCUCUCGGUCAUGGGGAAAGGGUAGAUAAAUAUUUUCGCUAACUUUCUGCCAAAAACUGUUCAUGUAAAGAAAUUCAAGUAGGAAUUAAAAUGGCAAGCAUGUUACUAAUUAAAUUGAUAAAUGUG